CCACAGAACUGUCAAAAGGUGAAAAUUUUGCUCGCGAUCGCACAACGGAGUACGCAGUGCCGCAGUGAAAAAGCUUCAAACCAUGUAAAAAGGACCCGAUCCGCGGUGAAAACUACACGAAAUGGCCACCCAGAAGCCAGGCGAGUGGGCCAACUCACUGUUGGCCCGUUUCGAGGAGCAGCUACCGUAUCGCACCGGACCCCAUGGAACGCAAGCACGGCUCAGCAUCGAUCAAACGAUGACCUGCCUGAUACAGAUCUCACGCUACCGGUUUUCGCUGGUGAUCUCCGGCCUAACGAAGAUGUUACAACGAGUCAACGAAAUUUUUAUUAUUUUGCAGUUUCAGCCGCCGGCCUGCCGGGGACACGAACCGGAGCGGUGCUGCUACGAUUCGUUGAUCAUAAUUCUGGAAACGUUGGAACGAUGUUUAUCGGGUCAGUCGAAGGACACGGCCCGAUUUGAGGAAGCGAUGAAUGUGAAAUUGUUGCUAAGAGAAAUUUGCCAGUUUAUUGAUAUUCAAAAUGAAAACAAUCAGAAUGCAGCGUCGUUGAAAGGGCUGGCAUCGAAGGUAUUGUAUGCCUUGUCGCAGAACCAUUUCGGUGCCGUAUUCAAUCGUAUCUCGGCCCGGCUUCAGGAGCUAAGCACCUGCUCCGAGGAAAAUCCCGACUACAGUGACAUCGAACUGAUUCAGCACAUCGAUCUGGACGUUAACCGUCUCACCAAGUUACUCACCGAAACAAUCCAGAAGUUCAAAUCGUUGAAAAAGUCAGCCCAUUUUAUACUACUGAACUCGCUGGAACGGGCCCUAUGGAAUUGGAUCGAGUUUCAUCCGAAGGAGUUCGAGGAUCUCCAGAGGAACCCGAACGAGGAGCUUUCGAAGGGUUGCGAAACGUUCUUCGAUAUUUUGGACUCCUAUGCGGAGAACAAGAAGGCGCGGUCCGCUGUUUGGCCAUUACAGAUUAUGCUGCUCGUUCUAAGUCCAAAAGUGCUGGAAGAGAUUGUUAACGCUGAUUCUGGAGCGCCAUGCUCGCCAAGGCAUUUGAAGAAGAAGCAUUUCAUGGAAGGAAUCAAAAAGGGUUUGGGAGCGCAUGCAUCUUCGAAGCAAUCGACGGAAUCGGCAGCUAUAGCAUGCGUUAAGCUAUGCAAAGCCUCAACAUACAUCAACAUCAACGACUCGAACAACGUCACCUUCCAACUGGUUCAAAGUGUGAUCAACGACCUGAAAGCUCUGCUGUUCAAUCCGGCUAAACCGUUCUCUCGUGGUCAAGGAUACAACUUCCAGGACAUCGAUCUGAUGAUUGACUGCUGGGUGUCCUGUUUCCGCAUAAAACCGCACAACAACGAAGCGCUGAAAGUGUGUCUCAGCCUUAACUCGCCACCUGCUUAUCAUUUCGUGAUUGUCAGUUCAUUGUUGAAAAUCGUAACCCAAGCUCGGUUGCCAUGGUGGCCCCAGAUCGAUCUCGUCUACGCCAGAUCCGGGGAGCUGCGAGCGCUGUUCACCGAUACGUUGAACAAGGCUACACAAGGAUACAUUGCACACACUCCGCUGCGGAUGAUCACCUCCUUGACGCUUAAAUCUAAGGAUGCACAAAGUCGUUUGACACGUCCCGAUGAGGGACCCGCUCACAAGGCUCUACUCCUUCUAAUGGUACGCCUCAUCCACGCAGAUCCUAUGCUUUUGCUGAAUAGCCUAGGCAAAGCCGGACACGAAGUUCAGAGUUCCACCCUGGAACUAAUCAACGGUCUUGUCUCCCUCGUGCAUCAACCAACCAUGCCGGAUGUCGCCCAGGAAGCCAUGGAAGCUCUACUGGCCCUACACUCCCCGGACAAAAUCGAAGUCUGGAACCCGGAAGCCCCGAUCAACACCUUCUGGGACGUUAGCUCGCAAGUCCUUUUCUCCAUCUCUCAGAAGCUGAUUCAGCAUCAGAUCGCCAACUACACGGACGUCUUGAAAUGGCUCCGGGAGAUCCUCAUCUGCCGAAACACGUUCCUCCAGCGGCACAAGGACUACGCCAACGUGGGCAGUCAAAUUGCCAUUUGCCGACAAGCCCACAUCAAGCUGGAAGUGGUAUUCUUCAUGUACCUCUGGUCCGUCGACUUGGACGCCGUCAUGGUGUCGCUCUCCUGUUUCGGCCUUCUCUGCGAAGAAGCGGAGAUCCGUUCUGGUUCGGACGAGCUCACUGUGGGAUUCAUCCUCCCGAAUUACCACCUGUACCAGGACUUGUCGCACACCUCUAGCACCCUGACCACGCAGAACGUCGAGUCCCGUUACAACUUCUACGAGCACACACAAGGCCGAGCGGCACUCCAGAAGAACAUCAUGUCCCUGCUGAGAAAGAUCGAGCACUGCGUCAACGGGGUUCAACCGGCGUGGGAGGAAACGUUCCGGAACUGGGAGGUUACUUCGAAGCUGCUGCAGAACUACCCAAAGGGUAAACCCGAAGAAGGACAGGCGGAAGUGUUUCACCGAAGCAUGGGAAAACGUAGGGCAAGUCACCAAAGCUCGGAGCAUGACCUGGAAGAGCAGAUUACCGAGUGGGGCAACAUGACAUGGUUCCUGUUGGCCCUGGGUGGAGUUUGCCUGCAGAAACCCCGGAAUCAACGGUUGACGGGCAGUCAGAUGUUACCCAUCGGGGUUAGUGGUCCCUCGUUGAUGCAGUCGACCACAUCGCUGUCCAGCUCGAGUUCCGGACGGGGAUCUAUGCACCCGAUCAUGGGUUCCCUGGUAUCGUCAAUGGGUGGUGGUAGCCAGGACGUCCAGUACUGUCCGGUAACUCAGUUUAUCGGUCAAUUGCUACGAUUACUAGUUUGUAACAACGAAAAGUUCGGUCCUCAAAUUCAGAAGCACGUCAAGGAGUUAGUUGGACAGGAAAUGUCCGCUCAGCUUUACCCGAUUCUAUUUGACCAAAUCCGAUCGAUCGUCGAGAAGUUCUUCGAUCAACAGGGUCAGGUUGUAGUGACGGACAUCAACACGCAGUUCAUCGAGCACACAAUCUACAUUAUGAAGUCGGUGCUGGACGGACGUCAGAGUAAGGACCAGAACGAUCAACCAGCGAACGCCGAACAUCUCGGAGUGACCAGCAUUGAGAACCUCAUGCUGGCGAUCGUACGCUACGUGCGCCACUUGGACAUGACGGUCCAUGCCAUCCACAUCAAAACCAAACUCUGCCAACUGGUCGAGGUGAUGAUGAAACGUCGGGACGAUCUAGCUUUCCGCCAGGAGAUGAAGUUCCGUAACAAGCUGGUGGAAUACUUGACCGAUUGGGUCAUGGGCACCUCGCAUCAGAUCGCUCCGCCCAGCUCGGGAGACGUAACGAUCAUAACGCGUGAUCUGGAUCAAGCUUGUAUGGAAGCAGUCGCUGCACUGUUACGAGGAUUGCCCCUCCAACCGGAGGAAUCCGACCGAGGUGACCUGAUGGACGCCAAGAGUGCUCUGUUCCUGAAGUAUUUCACACUCUUCAUGAAUCUGCUGAACGACUGCGUCGAUGGAUCCGAGGCGGACAAGGAUACCAACAAUCCUCCACUUCUUCCACCACGUCCACGUGUUACCGCUGGCAAACUAACCGCCCUCCGUAACGCGACCAUUCAAGCCAUGUCCAAUCUCCUCAGUGCCAACAUCGAUUCCGGAUUGAUGCACUCUAUAGACUUGGGCUACAAUCCGGAUCUUCAGACAAGGGCAGCUUUCAUGGAAGUUCUGACGCAAAUCCUUCAACAGGGUACGGAAUUUGAUACCCUGGCCGAAUCCGUAAUGGCCGACCGCUUCGAGCAGUUAGUCCAACUAGUGACGAUGAUCAGCGAUAAAGGCGAACUACCGAUUGCCAUGGCCUUGGCCUCGGUCGUAACCACCUCACAGAUGGAUGAACUGGCACGAGUUUUGGUAACGCUGUUUGACGCAAAACACUUGCUCUCGCCACUGUUGUGGAACAUGUUCUACCGGGAAGUCGAAGUGUCGGACUGCAUGCAGACACUCUUCCGAGGCAACUCCCUCGGUAGCAAGAUCAUGGCGUUCUGCUUCAAGAUCUAUGGAGCCAGCUAUCUCCAGGGAUUGCUCGAACCGCUGAUUCGUCCUCUUCUGGACGAGCCGGUUGCCAGCUUUGAAGUGGAUCCGGCCCGACUCGAAGCCUCCGAAGAUAUUGAAGACAACCGGAAGAGCUUGAUCGCACUCACCCAAAAGGUGUUCGACUCGAUCGUCAACAGUGCCGAUCGAUUUCCACCCCAGCUUCGAUCGAUGUGCCAUUGCUUGUACCAGGUGCUGAGCAAACGUUUCCCGAAUCUCCUGCAGAACAAUAUCGGAGCGGUUGGAACGGUUAUAUUCCUGCGAUUUAUCAAUCCGGCGAUCGUGUCUCCACAAGAACUAGGCAUCGUGGGUAAGCAGGUUCCCACUCAGAUCAAACGAGGUCUGAUGUUGAUGUCCAAGAUCCUGCAGAACAUCGCAAACCACGUGGAGUUCUCCAAGGAGCAGCACAUGCUCUGUUUCAACGAUUUCCUGCGAUCGCAUUUUGAAACCGGCCGACGAUUCUUCAUCCAGAUUGCAUCGGAUUGCGAGACCGUUGAUCAGACGUCGCACAGCAUGAGCUUUAUCUCGGAUGCCAAUGUCUUGGCCUUGCACCGGCUUCUGUGGUCCCACCAAGAACGCAUCGGAGACUACCUGUCGAGUAGUCGCGAUCACAAAGCGGUCGGACGACGCCCAUUUGAUAAGAUGGCUACGCUGCUGGCGUACUUAGGACCUCCGGAACACAAACCGGUGGAUUCUCAUCUGCUGUUUUCGAGCUAUGCCCGGUGGAGUUCGAUCGAUAUGUCCUCGACGAACUUCGAGGAAAUCAUGGUAAAGCAUCAGAUGCACGAGAAGGAGGAGUUCAAAACGCUGAAGUCGAUGAACAUUUUCUACCAAGCCGGAACGAGUAAAGCCGGAAACCCGGUGUUUUACUACAUUGCACGACGUUACAAAAUCGGCGAAACAAACGGCGAUCUACUGAUGUACCACGUAAUCUUGACAUUGAAGCCCUUCUGCCAUUCGCCUUUCGAGGUAGUGAUUGAUUUUACGCACACAUGUUCCGACAACCGCUUCCGGACGGAGUACCUGCAGAAGUGGUUCUACGUGCUUCCGGAAGUUGCCUGUGAAAAUCUGCAUGCGGCGUACAUCUACAACUGCAACUCAUGGGUCCGGGAGUACACAAAGUUCCACGAUCGAAUCCUCGCACCGUUGAAAGGCUGUCGAAAAUUGAUUUUCCUGGACUCACCGGCCAAGCUGAACGACGUGAUCGACCCGGAACAACAGAAACUUCCGGGAGCAACCCUAUCGCUGGACGAAGAUCUCAAAGUAUUCAACAACGCUCUCAAGCUAAGCCAUAAAGAUACCAAAGUAGCGAUCAAGGUUGGACCCACAGCCUUGCAGAUCACCUCCGCCGAAAAGACCAAAGUCCUAGCCCAUUCGGUCCUUCUGAACGACGUCUACUACGCAUCGGAAAUCGAAGAAGUUUGCCUGGUGGACGACAACCAGUUCACACUCUCGAUCGCCAACGAAAGCUCCCAGCUGAGUUUCAUUCACAACGACUGCGACAACAUCGUUCAGGCGAUCAUCCAUAUCCGCAACCGCUGGGAACUGAGCCAACCUGACUCGGUCACAGUGCACCAGAAGAUUCGUCCCAAAGAUGUUCCCGGAACGUUGCUGAAUAUGGCACUGCUCAAUCUGGGUUCAUCAGAUCCGAAUCUCCGCACGGCAGCCUACAACCAGCUUUGUGCCCUGACGGCGACAUUCGAUCUGAAGAUCGAGGGCCAGCUACUUGAAACGCAAGGCCUGUGUAUUCCCUCGAACAAUACCAUCUUCAUCAAGUCGGUCAGCGAAACGUUGGCUACAAACGAACCGCAUUUGACGUUGGAAUUCCUAGAGGAAUGCAUCCAGGGUUUCCAAAGGAGCACGAUCGAGCUGAAGCAUUUGUGCUUGGAGUACAUGACCCCAUGGUUGGCCAAUUUGGUCCGAUUCUGUAAACCUUCGGACGAAGGUAAACGCCAGAAGCAGGUGGCUCUGAUCUUGGAGAAGCUGAUCAAUCUCACAAUCGAACAGAAGGAAAUGUAUCCCUCGAUUCAGGCCAAAAUCUGGGGCUCGAUUGGACAAAUCCCUGAACUGAUCGACAUGGUGCUAGACAACUUCAUACACAAGUCGGUGAGCUCGGGACUCGGUUCUCCGCAGGUGGAGAUCAUGGCUGAUACGGCUGUAGCCCUGGCAUCGGCCAACGUGCAACUAGUGGCCAAGAAGGUCAUAGGAAGGUUGUGCCGAGUUAUGGACAAAACUUGCCACUCGCCGACGCAGUAUCUGGAGCAGCACAUGAUGUGGGACGAUAUUGCCAUCCUGGCCCGAUACUUGCUUAUGUUGUCCUUCAAUAAUUGCUUGGAUGUCGCUCGUCAUUUGCCAUAUCUGUUCCACACGGUCACCUUCUUGGUUUGCACCGGUUCCCUAUCGAUGCGCGCAUCGACUCACGGUCUAGUCAUCAAUAUCAUUCACUCACUGUGUACCUGUACCAAACCGUCCUUCUCGGAGGAAACCCAACGUGUCCUGCGGCUAUCCCUGGACGAAUUCUCCCUGCCAAAGUUCUACCUACUGUUCGGCAUCAGCAAGGUCAAAUCCGCUGCCGUGACGGCCUUCCGGUCGUCCUGUCGGCAUCCGAACGACCGCUGGCUAGGCAACGAACGUGUCUCUCAAGCUCCACCGGCUGACCGGGAACGUCUGGCCCUUCCAUCACUGGAGGUCAUCACCGACGCCCUGCUAGAAAUCAUGGAAGCUUGCAUGCGGGACAUUCCGGAUUGCGACUGGUUACAAACGUGGACGUCACUCGCGAAGAGUUUUGCGUUUUGCUACAAUCCGGCGCUUCAACCGCGAGCCUUAAUCGUGUUCGGAUGCAUCUCCAAGAGUAUCACCGAUCAGGACGUCAAGCAGCUACUGCGGAUCCUGGUCAAAGCCCUUGAAUCAUUCACCGAUAUUAUCCUGCUAGAAUCUCUAGUCAUGUGUUUGACACGACUUCAGCCUCUCCUCCGACCGGAGUCCCCCAUCCAUCGAGCCCUCUUUUGGGUGGCUGUCAGCGUUCUUCAACUGGACGAAUCUACACUGUACGCCGCCGGCCUCGCUCUACUGGAACAGAACCUCCACACGCUCAACUCGCAACAACUCUUCGACAAGCAGAACAUCGCGGACGUUAUGAUGGCAACGCGGGAACCGCUCGAAUGGCACUUCAAGCAGCUCGAUCAUGCCGUUGGCCUAUCGUUCAAGUCGAACUUCCACUUUGCCCUGGUCGGUCACCUGCUGAAGGGCUUCCGACAUCCCACACCGACGACGGUUUCCCGAACGUCUCGGGUGCUAACCAUGCUGCUGGGGAUCGUGGCCAAACCGCAUCGGAGGGAUAAGUUCGAAGUGACGCCGGAUAGUGUGGCGUAUUUGACAGCCCUGAUCUGCUUCUCGGAGGAAGUGCGCUCCAGAUGUCACGUUAAGCACACCCUUCCGCGUUGGCCAGCGGAAUCCGGUGGCGUUGGCGACGGCACUGCUGGUGGGGGCGAUCCAUCGGCCGCCCACGGAGCCGGUGCCAAUCAGUCGGGAGCGGGCGGCCAGAACGUUCGGCGCCAGAAGUCCUGGGAUAUGCUGGACCAGUCGGCCAUUCAGUAUGCCCGACAAUCGCACAAGGUGCAACCACAUCAGGACCCGGCUAUCAGAGGAAAAUCCUGGCGAAGUCUAGACUUGUCCCAUAAUCCGAACCUGGGAAUGAUCAGUCAUUCCUCGUUUGUGUCACACGCUUGUACUAAUAUCAAUACGACUACUACCACACUGUCCGCGUACAACACGACCAGUAUCACAAACAACAACAUCAACAACACGAUAAAUGCAAGCACCUCUAACAAUAGUAGCCAAAUCUGUGGUGGUGCGUACCAUCGGAGUGACUUCCGCAAUCGGCGCUCCUCAUCGGAACCGGUUAGCCAGGUUCUGACUAACCCAAACAUUGCCAAACUGCUGGCACUCAAGCAAGCUCACAUUUACUCAGGUACCAGUAUCUCCUCUGCUCCUCCUUCUGCCGCCAUUGGCUCCAAUUGUAAUACUAGUUUUGCGGCAAGCAUCACUACUACUAGUACUCCUACAGCUACUACUGUUACCACUACCACCGCGUCUACUUCGACUAACUUGAACAAUAGUGGCGUCGCCACGUCUAUCACCUCCAACCUUACCUCGACUUGCACUAAUCCCGCCACUACCAAUAGUACGCUGACAAUCAGUACCGCCCACAGUAGCGCCAGUGGCGCCACCAACAGCACUAGUCCGGCGCAGUCAAUCGAAGACGUAGAACACGAUGAUGAAGCCAACAACUUCAUCGUCGACUGCUUGCAAGACAUGUCAGCGAUCAAAUGUUCAAAGACUGCUCGACUACUGUUCAAAACGCAACGAUCGUUUUCCGUUCCGACGCCGAAGGAACGCCAGGACAAAUCCACCGAACGCCAGAAGGAACGUGGAUCGCGAUCGUCCGUUUCCAACGAAUCGAAUGUACUGCUCGAUCCGGAAGUUCUGCCGGACUCGUCCACGCAGGCUCUGGUUCUAACGGUGCUGGCAACACUGGUCAAGUACGCCACCGAUGAGGCAGAACUUCGCGUUCUGUACCAAUAUCUAGCCGAGGGAUCGGUCGUGUUUCCCAAGGUGUUCCCGGUCAUUCACUCCCUGCUGGAUCAGAAGGUGAACAACGUGCUCAACGUGUCCAACGAUCAGAUUGUACUGGCGUCGGUUCAGAGUAUCAUACAGAACAUGUUGGCAACCGAAGACGCCUCCCAGCAGCCGUUGCACUUUUUGCAGAGUUGCGGAUUCGGAGGCUUGUGGCGUUUCGCCGGACCGUUUACCAAGUACAACAUGAUGGUCGAAUCGUCGGAGCUGUUCGUCAACUGCCUAGAGGCGAUGGUUGAAACGUGUCUACCGGUAGAGGAGAACACACCGAUGCCCCCAUCGCCGCGACCCUACAAUCUCAGCUCGAGCCUGAGCAGCCUGACGUUGGGGUCCCCGACGGACAAAGGUUCUUCCUCAAACUAACUAACUCCUCAUCGAUGUGUAAACUGUUGGUUGUGUUGUUGGUUUCCUUUGCCUUCCCUGUUCUCCUUCUUUAGAUGAUCUUAGUGUUCUCAUGAUUAUUUAUUUCCAUACUCUUUUCCUCAUCGUAGCUUCCAUUGUUCUGUCUCGACGCGGUCUAUAUGCGUAUGUGUGAUUUUGCAAGAUGAUCUCAUACACGUGCAUUUAAAAAUUGAAAACAAGCACUUACAAAAUGUGCAAUGGGGUGAACUACUAAUUAGUUUGUUGGAAUCUUGCUGAAGAGUACGAUAAGCGUUGAAAACCAAAUGCAGAUUUCGGCGCCUUUAAAAAUAUGGCCAUACGUAGCACCUUUUUCCAACACAGCCUCCCUUAUCGUUACACAUGCAGAUCACCACAGCAGACGGAAUCGCAAAUCUACCUCGUUCUGAUUUACGGACGUCACUUCUCCGACAUUAUCGACGUCAGGACCUAUCGUGGCACCAACAUCGACUCCGACAACUACCUAGUGAUGGUCAAACUGCGCCCAAAACUUUCCGUCAUCAACAAUGUACGGUACCGGCGACUGCCACGGUACAACCUAGAGUGAUUGAAACAACCGGAAGUUGCCUCAGCAUACGCGCAGAAUCUUGAAGCCGCGUUGCCAAACCAGAGCGAGCUCGAUGAGGCCCCUCCAGAAGACUGCUGGAGUACAGUAAAGCAGCCAUCAACGACGCAGCCGAGAGCACCAUCGGGUAUGUGGAACGAAAUCGAUGGAACGAAUGGUUCGACGAAGAGUGCAGAACGGUUUUGGAGGAGAAGAACGCAGCGCGGGCGGUAAUGCUGCAGCAAGGGACUCGACAGAACGUGGAACGUUACAAACAGAAACGGAAACAGCAGACUCGCCUCUUUCGGUAGAAAAAGCGCCGCCUGGAAGAAGCGGAGUGCGAAGAAAUCGAACUGCUGUGCCGUUCUCAAGUAACACGGAAGUUCUACCAGAAGUUCAACGCAUCCCACAUCGGCUUCGUGCCGCGAGCCGAAAUAUGCAGGGAUAAGGACGGACGGACGUGAGCUGGACGAAAGGUGGAAGCAGCACUACAAACAAUACCUGAAUGGCGUGGAGAACGCACGGGAGACCACGGCAACGGAAGAAACGACAUCGCCAGUACAGGCCCAACGAAUGGAUAGUCGAUUGUGAUGCGUCAAGCCACCGCUUUCUGGAACAACCGUUACACUAGCGGGAAGGAAUGUUGUAAAAGUAAAGGUCAAAGACAGCGUACCAUUGAUUUGCAAAGCCAAAGGGUGGUAUGCCGAAAAGAAUAAGCUUGUCAGUAGUUCUGCGGGUUCCGAAGUUGGACAUUAAUUUAGUUUCUGUUAGCAAGUUGACUGAGAAAUGAGUUGAAGUCGUAUUAACCGGAACAAAACUGUGAAAGUCUGCAUAACGGUAUGACUGCAGCUACAGCAGUGAAGUCUGGAAAAAUGUGCUACAUCAAACUGAUCAAAUCCGAAACCAUAGCAGCAGAUCACUCCAACGAAUGUCUGAAUCACUGAAACAGGAAUGUGGGACACUGUGAUUCAAAUUCUGUUCGUCAAAUGGUCAACAGCACCCAUGCCAUCAGGACUACAGAUUGAAAGCUGUCCAAUAGAGGAUAGAUGCUGUCUGGAAGGAAAGAUCGUUCUUUUGUAACGGUUUGUAGUAGCCCGUCGCCGGUUUGUGAUAUGUAGCUUGUCGCGGUCUAGAGCAGUAUUCGUCAGUUUGUUAAAUAAAAUUCAGGAAAAUGUUUGUGUGUUUCUGGUCACCCGAUUAGGACUCAGCCAAUUACAGCAUCUACCAUCAUCCUUAAACAUUAGCCACUUUGCUUUGCCUGCAAUAUGGACGUAGACGGUGGUAGCGAAAGGAGGCCAUUAGGAUCUUGAAGAUCAUCAAUUGAGAAAGAAAUGGCCAGUAAUCGACACGAGUGAAGACCAUUGUAUAGUGGCUAAUGUGUAUCUAUAUUGUGUGUAUGGUGGAAUACAAGGACACAGAACCCCGAAGUUUUGCCGUUAAACCCUGGUUACCUCAAAAACGAGGUCCAAGGCGAAUCCUUGACACAAAGGUGAACCCCAACUCCAAAUUGGAUAACCCUCCGCCAUUAACAAGAUUCCGGCGAAGACUUGAAGUUCCGGCCAUUUGCUAUACCCGGCCGAAGACCCAAAGGAGGCACAUUCUUCGGAAAACAAGGAUCUCUCGGUUCAUUUGGGCGGCAAAGGUCGCAUUUGAACCGUGGACCGAGAAGGCGCUGGAGAGGUGAACAAUGGAUGAUGGCAGCAGGAGAACGGGGCCCCGAAGAAAAGGUCAGACUAGUGGUGAAAGUGGAGUAAAGGUAGAUAGCUAGGAAAAAUAGACAGAAAGUGCACGAAUACUAAAUAUACAGGAGUGUGAAAAAUGCAGUUCAAGUGUUUCCCUGAAUCCGCGAAAGAGCAAGGAUAAGCGUUGCAGACCCUACUUAGAGGAGGUCAAAUAGAGAGUCUCGUUAGCCGCCGACUUCGAUAGAUGACAAAUCAAGAUUCAAGGUGGUGUACUUUUUGCAGCGGAAGUCAGAAGCGUUUGAGAAGAUAAUGCAGCACGUCAGGAUGGUAUGUAGAAACUUGUCUUGGAAAUAAGUCUUCAAUAAAACGAUCGGGCCAGGGCGGUGAAUACAAGUCCAAGAUACUUGGAAAGUUCUACCGUGCAGAAGGGAUCACUCCGUAGUACAUUUAUUAUUGCGUGCUAUUCUACGCAGCGGAACGGAAUCGUUGAGAGGAAAAAUCACAGUCUCGUGGAAAUAACCUGAUGUCUUCUAAUUGAUGCGAAGUUCGGGUACCGAUAUUAGGCGAGAAAGCUUGAAAAUUAUUUUCAUUGGAUACUCGGACCACCACAAGGCGUACAAGUUCAUUGAUCCUGAUAAUGACAAAGUCGUAUUCAACGGAGACGAACGUUUUCCCGAAGCUGAUGAUCGCACGAACGAGGUCCUAAAAUUGCCAAAUUUGAAUUCAAUCAAGAAAGAUCAGAUAAAACAACAAAGAAGAUUUGUCAGAACAGGAAUCCACCUUCAUUAAUGAGGAGAAGUAGUCCGAAUCAGCCGAUAGCGGUAUCGAGUUUCUCAGCAGCUCCGAAAGACUUGAUUCACCACAGUCACUAUAGUGUCGUGAGCGAAAAGCUCACGUGUCUUUUAAAGAAGUACGAAGUAACAAAGGAAAAAAAACAUCUGCACGACAAUCCGGGUCGCCAAAAAAUUGUUUCUUCAAAGUCUUCAAAGCUAUUACCUUGCUAUAGUUGCUAGCCCGAGGCUGCUGUAAUUGAAAGACGCUGAAGUUAGCCUACUUCCACGGAGAACUUCAAGAAACUGCCUAUAUAAGACAACCUCCAGGAAUGGCUUCAAUCGACCACAAAGUAGUUUGCCACUUCCGCGAAAGUGUUUAUGGCUUGCAGUAGGCUGCUCGAGUCUGGCUGGAACACCACGUUUGAAGCUGCGUUGAAACGAUUUCCACAGUCGAAGAACGAUUUCUGCCUCUAUGUAUACAUAUCUGGAUAUUUGCUGUAACUGGAUAGCGGUUCAAUAUUCUGGAGUUCCAAGAAGCAAAUAUGUAUUUCCGUGAACAGUACGGAAGCUAUCAGGAAGUAUAAUUUAUGAUGAUAAUCAGUCUUGCAUUGAGCAACUAUCCUCACCGAAUGCAAGUCGUAGACCCAAACACGUCGAAACCAAGAACCAUUGCAUUCGACCAAAGAAAUGGUUGACAUGUUAACUAAGCCACUUCAUGCGAUAAAGUUCCAAGAAGUAGCUGGAAUAUUACCAACGAGAAGGAGUGUUGAAGUAGGUGAUGUUGACACAUAGCAGUAAGCAUCCCUAACAACAGAGGUUUCCAAACACUCCAGGCAAGACAAAAUACGAUCCUAAUGCAUGUUCUCGAUCGAUCGAGUCACGAAAAAUGCGAACCCGGAUAAAGCAGUGGAUCACAGAUGGUACCUGGAGGAAGAUAGAGGAGCAAAGGAACGCCAAAGCCGCGAUAGAGCGAGCGACAACACGAGGAGCCAAAGCUGUAGCCCGUGAGCGCUAUUCGGCUCUCGAGAAGGAAGUGAAACGUUCAUGUAGACGGGACAAAAGAGCGAACUCCCUAGCCAACACCGGCGACAUUCGUUUCCUCUACGAUGUUUCACGUGCCCUUAGUGGAACUAAGAUGAAUGCUACGAUGUCCGUGAAAACCCGUCUGGACAGUUAUUGACCGAUCCGGCUGACCAAUUAGGCCCUGUCGCGAGUAAAACAAAAUACGCCAGUUCGCUUUGAUGGAGGGAAGGAUGUAUACAUAUGUAUACGACUCCACAAUGAUUCACGGUCGCCAUGUAACAGAAGUUGAAGUGGUUCUAGAGCUCUCCACAGUAGUAAUGUUUUUGGUUUCCCUGGGUUUAGAGUACAUUCGUGUCUGGAAUCCAAAAAUGGCCAAGCAAAGUGUCCGCUGAGCAACAAAAAUUUCCCGACUUUUUUUUUAAUUUUUUGUACGAGUUGUAUAUGAGAUCAUCUUUGAAAUUUAAUAAUGAUUCAUUGCAUCGAAAGACGAGAGCAUAUGCCCUUUUCAUUUUGGUUCGAUUUGAUAAAUGUCCUCUAGGUUUAGUUUGAUUAAGGUCAUCGCAGUCGUUAGAUUUCUUUAAAACAGUUUGGAUCAGUAGCAUCAAUAUGCUCUACAGCACAGAGCAGAAUACACCAAAAGUUUUCAACAUCGACUUUCUAAACAACUGCGUUGAAUGUUCUAAAUGUAUACCUGUAUACCUCUCUACUGUGUAUGUACCGCGAUAAAUCUAGAAUUUACCUGUUGGCGGGAUUUACGAAAUCGUAUCUAACUGUGGGUUGACUUGUUGAUUAUCGACGUUCUAUCGUGCCAGUCUCUAUGUUAUAUAACUAUUCAAUCUGUUAAACUAGGUUAGUAUCUAUGACGUUAUUCGCUAACACCAAGUGCCAUUCGAUUUUUCCCCUUAUGACUAGAUUAAUGGAUCUUGAAAACUGUGACAAAUCGCUUGAAUGUAAUUUUAUAAUUUUUCAUAAGCGCGCAUGAUCGGUUACCGUAAAAAAAUCGUACAAAUUUUCGCUUCACACUGAUAAAAAUACUCAUACUUUUCUCUAAUUCUUCUCUUUCAUUCUCUCUUCUUCCGUCUUCCCUCACGCUAUAUAACCGGUUAUGAACAUUACAAAUGUUUUCUUUUCCAAAAUCUACCUUUUCCGUUACACUGUUGAAAUUGUUUCCUAACGCUUGAUUUAAAUUUCUCUCGAAUCCAAUUUACUCGAUUGUUGUACGAUCCAAAACAAAUAUAAAAAUAACCAACUAACACGUAGCCUUUUCGUCAGAAUCCCUAGAUCACGACGGCUUUAGCGGUAGUGUUAGUUCACUGCGCAGAGCUUCUUGCAGCAAAGUACGUAGUACAAAGCAUCGAUUUGUUGACAGUCCAACACAUAACAUUUAAAAAAAGAGAUAUGUAAAACUAGAUGUACAAAAGAUGGAUACCAUAUGAUCGUAAGAUAUUAUCAUCAAACUCAAGUUAAUAGAAAAACUACACAAACACAUGCACGCAAGCACAUUCAAAACAUAAUCGUACGAUUUGGAGACGUCAGUAAGAGCUAUUCUUUUUCUUCUUUCAUGUGUGGUGUUGGGAGUUUACAGAAUUCUAGUCAGACGCAAUUUCAACAUUUUACAUUUUUAAUUGCAUAAAGUUUUCUAGCUAUGAACAGAAAAUUCCCGGAUUCCUUUUUAAAAUUGAUUUCUAAAUGGAUGACUUUCAAUGUCAAGACGACGCAACAUUGAUUAACCACAAAGUGGAAUGAAAAGUUUAUCUAGGUUCAUUCGGAUGAUACGUUGCUCAUGGCUUCAAAGCGCACAAUGCUCGACAACAAGAAGUACUCAAAAUGGUGCCAUUACCCCAAGUCUCUGCAAGUCUAAAAAGAAAUGUCUUACCAUUUUGUUCCCGGAAAGAGAAAACUGUACAGGAAUCUACAAAAGCAUUGUUUUCUUUGCAAACGGAGAGAAAACAUUCGUAUCUUGACACAUAUUUAUGUCCGGAAAAAUGGGAAAAUAUUUCUGUACAUUGAAUUGAAAAAUAAGAUUUUUGUUUAAACGCAAAGCAUAGUUGAAAACCUUUCCUGUGCGAGUUAAAAUGUAGAGCUUGUGACGAACGGGAAUUCUAUUUGAAUGAGUGUAAAGUCAUUUCAAAACGGAGCACAAAAGAGUAUGUAGGGUCUGGGACCAUUUGGGCAGGAGCACCUAUUUUGGGCACUUGCUGCUAUAACUCAGUCAAUUUUCAACCGAUUGACUUGAUUUUUGAGACACGAUGAGCUAGGCACAGUAUCUAGCCAUGUACAAAAAUUCAAGUCAAUCGGUUUGAAAUUGACUGAGUUGUAGCAGCAAGUGCCCAAAAUAGGUGCUCCUGCCCAAAUGGUCCCAGACCCUAUCUCAAUUUAAGCACACUUGAAAGUACAUGUAAUUGCAGAAUAGGCGUGCAUUUCUAAUUGUGUUGCUGCCAAAAUUGAAAGCUUUAGAUAACAUAAUAUCUACAGCUAACAGCUCAAAGCAAAAUAAUUGAAGUUUAAUUUUUCUGAUGGUCCACAUUUUUCUACUCAACAUUACACACGCACAUGAAUCAGUACAUUAUUAAGUUUACAAGUGGUGAAAUGAUUUAAACACAAAGGGCUUUAGUUAGUAUACUCUUGAUUUUGAUAGCGGUUAUCAGCCAUGGCUCUGUAUACAAUCACUUGUUUUCAUCCAAUCCAGCGAAAACAAGCCUACUUUGUGUAACCCAAUUACAUAUUGCAUAAAAGCACACAACAGCCUACUGGAAACACAUACACCCACAAAUACUGUAAGAAAACUAUUCGUACUGAAUGACAGAAAGAACCUACAAAAUUUAAUACAUAUUUUUACGGCUAUAUGUCAA